UAACACUCUCUCUCUCUCUCUCUAGUAGAAGAACAAGAACAACUCUCUCUGCUGCUUGCUGUACUUUGUUAUCUUACUUGUCUCAUUUUUCCUCAAGCUCCUUAUAAAUCUUCUUCUUAUUCUUCUUCAUUUUCCUCUACCUUUUUUUCUUGUCAGCUGAAGAGACCAGAGAGAGAGAGAUUUAAUGGUAUGAGGCCGUUUCACUGAAAUCGAUUCUCCCUAAAAAAUCUUUCUCACCACUUCGAGAUAUAGAGAGAUAAAUUGUAUUUUAAGGAAAAUAGUUUGUGAGGAUGACUAUGGCUGGUGGGAACGAAGUCAACUUAAACGAAUGCAAGAUGAUCAUCAUCAUGGAUUCAUUGAGAAUAGUGCCACUCAACACAUGGGUCCUCAUUUCCAACUUCAAGCUCGCUUACACCCUCCUCCGCCGUCCCGACGGCUCUUUCAACCGCCACCUCGCCGAGUUUCUCGACCGCAAAGUUCCCUCCAACUCUUUCCCCCUCGACGGUGUAUUCUCCUUCGACCACCUCGACUCCACCUCCAACCUUCUCACCAGAAUCUACUUCCCAGCUCCCCUCGAUCCCUCCCGCUACGGCGCCGUCGACUUAACGGAGCCUCUCAGCACGACGGAGAUCGUCCCUGUUCUCAUCUUCUUCCACGGUGGUAGCUUCACUCAUUCCUCCGCCAACAGCGCCAUCUACGACACUUUCUGCCGACGGUUAGUCACUAUCUGCGGCGUUGUUGUCGUUUCUGUUGACUACCGGAGAUCGCCGGAGCAUCGUUACCCUUGCGCUUACGACGACGGGUGGAAUGCUCUCAAAUGGGUCAAGUCCAGAGUCUGGCUUCAGAGUGGUAAAGACUCCAAUGUUUAUGUUUACUUGGCUGGAGAUAGCUCUGGUGGCAACAUUGCUCACAACGUUGCUGUGAGGGCAACCAACGAAGGAGUUAAAGUUCUUGGGAACAUUCUUCUUCAUCCCAUGUUCGGUGGAGUGGAGAGGACUCAGUCCGAGAAGAGACUUGAUGGCAAAUACUUUGUCACUGUUCAAGACCGAGAUUGGUAUUGGAGAGCUUAUCUACCUGAAGGUGAAGAUAGAGAUCAUCCAGCUUGUAAUCCCUUUGGUCCUCGUGGUCAGAGCCUUGAAGGUGUCACCUUCCCCAAGAGUCUUGUUGUUGUUGCUGGUUUGGAUCUUGUUCAGGAUUGGCAAUUGGCUUAUGUCGAUGGUCUCAAGAAGACUGGUCAUGAUGUUAACCUUUUGUAUUUGAAGCAGGCGACCAUUGGGUUUUACUUCUUGCCUAACAAUGAUCACUUUCAUUGUCUUAUGGACGAGUUAAAAAAGUUUGUGCACUCCAUAGAAGAGGAUAGUCAAAAGCAAGCCAAGUCCUAUUCUUCUGAGUCUAUAGCAACAUGAGGGUCUGCUCAUGUUGCUGCAAUAUAUAUAUCUAUGAUGGGUUUUCUUGUACAGUUUCCAAAAGUAUUGUGUAGUGCUAAGUCACGUUUUUAUGUGUU